AUGGCGACACAAGAUUCCCAGUCAAACCGCGAAGAAGGUUUUAGUACCUCACCUGUCAUGGCUCACCUCCUAAAUGCUGUCGCUUCUGAAAUCAAAAAACGAAACCCUUCUUUUAACCUCCAACCACGCCACUAUUCCCUUCUUGAGCGCCACCUUCGAUAUCUUUUUCCCACUUUUCACACCCCAACGCAUCCUCCUUAUGCCUUGAUGAUAAGCAGGGCGAUAUUAGGGUUGAAAGAGGAGACGGGAUCCACUAAGGAGGCAAUAUCGGAGUUCAUUAAGAGGGAGUACAAUGAUUUACCGUGGGCUCAUGGGAGGAUUCUAAGUGUGCAAUUGGAGAAGCUUUGUGAGAUUGGGGAGCUUGAAUUUGUUUCCGAUUCGAGGUAUGUGCUGAAGGUUGAUGAGGAAGUGAAAGAACAAUUUCAAGGUAACGAGAAGAAGAAGAGGAGAAGUAUUAAACACUGGGUGGCAGAGAGAGAUGAAGGUCAACAACGAGGUAGCGGUAGGGGGAGGCCCCCUAAACUGGUUCAGAACACAAUCAACUAUGAGGCACAAUUACAAGACAAAGUUCAAGCUACACAACAGCAUGUUCGAGCCAGAGGUUGUAGAAGGCGUCCUAAGCCAAACCAUUAUACAAACCAAUUUGAGGAGCAGUUACAAUCUCAAGGUUUGGUAAACUGUCCUAGUUCAGGGAGGAAUGAUAACUAUAGUUUGGAGCAGAUGCAGUUGAUGGUACAAAGUCAAGGGAGGGAUCAUAAAUUAGAGUCAGGAGAGGCAAAGUCACCUGCAGAGUUAAGGGUUGGGUUAGGAGAGGUCUCCCAGUCUAAUGUUGAAGCAAACCAGAACCCUUGGUUGUUGAUGCCAGUAGCACGUAAAGUUCAAGAUUCCGAGCCAAAGGACAAAGAAGGUUCCAAUACCUCGCCUGUCAUGACUCACCUAGACGCCGUCGCUUCUAAAAUCUACAAACGAAACCCUUCUUUUAACCUCCAACUGUGGCACUACUCCCUUCUCGAGCACCACCUCCGAAAUCUUUCUCCCACUUUUCAUAGUCUAAUGCAUCUCCUUACCCGUUGUCUUCAAAUACUCACCGUGAUGCAAGAUUCUCAGCCAAACGAGGAAGAAGGUUUCAGUACCUCGCCUGUCAUGACUCACCUCCUAGACAAUGUUGCGUCUGAAAUCAAGAAACGAAACCCUUCUUUUAACUUUCAACAGGGCCACUACUCCCGUCUUGAGUGUCACCUCCGAAAUCUUUUUCCCACUUUUCACACCCCAACACACCUUCCUUAUGCCUUGAUGAUACACAGGGCAAUAUCAGGGUUGGAAGAGGAGAUUGGAUCCACUAAGGAAGCAAUAUCGGAGUUUAUUAAGAAGGAGUACAAUGAUUUACCGUGGGCUCAUGGGAGGAUUCUGAGUAUGCAAUUGGACAAGCUUUGUGAAAUUGGGGAGAUUGAACUUGUCUCGGAUUCGAGAUAUGUGCUGAAGGUUGAGGACGAAGUGAAUGAACAAUUUGAGGAUAGCGAGGAGAAGAAGAAGAGAAGUAUUAAACACUGGGUGGCAGAGAGGGAUGAAGGUCAGCAACAACAUGGUCGAGGUAGAGGUAGGGAGAGAUCUCCUAAACUGGUUCAGAACACAAUCAAAUAUGAGGCACAACUACAGGACAAAGUUCAAGCUAGACCACAACAUAUUCGAGGUAGAGGUUGUGGAAGACCUACUAAUCCAAAUCAUCAUGCAAACCAAUUUGAGGAGCAGUUACAAUCUCAAGGUUUGGUAAACUCUCCUAGUUCAGGGAGGAAUGAUAACCAUAGUUUGGAGCAGAAGCAGUUGAAGGUACAAAGUCAGGGGAGUGAUCAUAAAGCAGAGUCAAAAGAGCUUGAUGGGCAGGCACAAGAUCACUGCAAAUUCAAGUACGCCACCAGGGAGAUGAUGGACUCAGCAGUCCACAACUCCCACAUCCUAAAAAUCCAUCAUUUCUUCUGCUUCUUGUGCUUAUUUCAAUGCCUGUCUGCUUCAAAAUCAACUCAUUCAUUCCCCAAAGAAGCCCUUCCCACCAAGUAUGGUUACCUUCCAAUCACCUCCACUUCCACUUCUGCAAUUUUCUACGCCUUCUAUGAAGCCCAGAACUCCACUUUACCUCUCUCCCAAACCCCGUUUCUUAUUUGGCUCCAAGGUGGCCCUGGCUGCUCCUCCAUGAUUGGCAACUUCUACGAACUUGGACCUUGGCGCGUCACCCAAUCUCUCACCCUUCAACCCAACCCUGGUGCUUGGAAUAGAAUUUUUGGCCUUCUUUUUCUUGACAGUCCCAUUGGAACUGGCUUCAGUGUGGCCUCAACUCCCGGAGAGAUCCCAAAGGAUCAAAACGGCGUUGCAAAGCAUCUUUUUGCUGCCAUAACUAGGUUUGUACAGCUUGACCCUCUUUUCAAGCAUCGCCCUAUUUAUAUUACUGGGGAAAGCUACGCUGGCAAGUAUGUUCCUGCAAUUGGGUAUUACAUUUUGGAGAAAAAUGCACGGUUGCAGGUUUCUGAAAAAGUGAAUCUGGCUGGUGUGGCAAUUGGGGAUGGGUUAACUGACCCCGAAACUCAAGUGGCUACUCAUGCUGUGAAUGCUUAUUAUGUUGGAUUGAUCAAUGAGAGGCAAAAGAAUGAGUUGGAGAAAGCUCAAUUGGAAGCCGUUAGAUUAGCCCAGAAUGGGAAUUGGAGUGAAGCAACUGAUGCUAGAAGCGAAAUCUUGAGAAUGCUGGGAGAGAUGACCGGGUUGGCUACUUUGUAUGACUAUACAAGGAAAGCUCCUUAUAUGGAUGAUUUGGUUGAACAAUUCUUGAACAUUGCUGAAGUGAAGAAGGCCCUGGGGAUCAAUGAAUCUUUUGUGUAUGAGAUAUGUAGUGAUGUUGUUGGGGAAGUAUUACAGGCUGAUGUCAUGAAAAGUGUAAAACAUAUGGUGGAAUACUUGGCGAGGAGAAGCAGGGUGUUGCUAUAUCAAGGUCAGCAUGAUUUGAAGGAUGGUGUGGUUCAAUCAGAGGUUUGGGUGAAGACAAUGAAAUGGGAAGGGAUUGUGGAGUUUCUGAAUGCUGAAAGGAAGAUAUGGAAGGUGAAUGGAGAGCUUGCAGGGUAUGUACAAAAAUGGAAGUCUCUCACCAAUGUUGUGGUUUUGGGAGCUGGGCAUCUUGUGCCUGCUGACCAGCCUCUAAAUUCUCAAGCUAUGAUAGAGGACUGGGUUUUGGAAAGGGGUUUGUUUAGAAGGGUGUAG